CCUGCCGCCCUGCCCGGGCCCUGGAGUGCCCUCUAGGAGCCCGCUUGGACCUCCGGCCAAAGUUGGCCGGGCUGGGCCCCUCGGCUGUUCCCGGGACGGACACGCCGGCCCCCUCGGGUAGCUCCGCUCCGUCUCCACUUGCGGACACUCUCGGGGCUGAACACGCACUGCUGGCUGCUGCAAGACCCGGCCCCGCAGGGGUCCCGGGGUCUGGGGCCCCGCAAGCCCCCCAGGGAGAAGGACAGUGCUUUGAGAUUUGCCAGCCAUGCCUGAGGGAGCCCACCGUCAGAGUCUCACCAAACCCAGCCCGACCCCAAGCCCUGGGUGUAGCCACCGAGGACUUCCCCCAGCCCUGCCCAUGGCCUCCCCCCGAGGAUCUGGGAGCUCUACAUCUCUGAGUACUGUGGGCUCUGAGGGGGAGCCUCAUCCAGGCCCCAGCCCAGGCCCCAGCCCCAGCCAGGCCUGUUCUGUGCCAGGCCUGGAGCCCCCGCCAGGUCCCCCCAUUCGACUGCACCUGACUCCUGUGGGUCCUAGAGGGGAGCCAGGGCAAGGGACCAAGAAGCCCUCACACCUGGAGCGUGUGGUCCGGGAGAUUGUGGAGACAGAACGGGCUUAUGUGCGGGACCUUAGGAGCAUUGUGGAGGACUACCUGGGAUGUCUGGUGGCCAAUGGCCCUCCUGGGCUGAAUUCAGAACAUCUCGGGACCCUCUUUUCCAACAUUGAAGACAUCUAUGAGUUUAGCAGUGAGCUCCUAGAAGACCUGGAGAAUAGUGGCAGUGCCCAUGGCAUCGCUGAUUGCUUUGUGCAAAGGAGUGAAGAGUUUGACAUCUAUACCCUCUACUGUAUGAACUACCCAAGCUCAAUGGCCUUGCUUCGGGACCUAUCCCUCUCCCCUCCCAUGGCCCAGUGGCUCCAGGAGCGCCAGGCCCAGCUUCGACAUUCCCUGCCUCUACAGAGCUUCCUCCUCAAACCGGUGCAGCGCAUCCUAAAGUACCACCUCUUACUGCAGGAGCUGGGCAAACACUGGCCAGAGGGAGCUGGGGCAGAGCAAGGCCCUGGGGGCCGAGAGGUGGUGGAAGAUGCCAUUGUCUCCAUGACAGCGGUUGCUUGGUACAUUAAUGACAUGAAGAGGAAACAGGAGCAUGCAGCUCGCCUGCAGGAAGUACAGCGGCGGCUGGGAGGCUGGGGGGGCCCGGAACUGAGUGCCUUUGGGGAACUGGUCCUGGAGGGUGUGUUCCGAGGUGGGGGUGGCCCCCGGCUUCGGGGGGGCCAGCGUCUCCUGUUCCUCUUCUCUCGUAUGCUCCUGGUGGCCAAAAGACGAGGUCCUGGUUAUAGCUACAAAGGACACAUCUUUUGCUGUAACCUCUCUGUGAGUGAGAGUCCCAAAGACCCCUUGAGCUUCAAGGUAGCUGAUGUGACCAUCCCCAAGCACCAGCACCUGCUGCAGGCCAAGAACCAUGAGGAGAAACGCCUGUGGCUCCACUACCUGCAGCGUUUAAUAGUGGAAAACCACCCAGCCUCCAUUCCCCCUAAGGCAAAGCAAGUCCUCUUGGAAAACACUUUCCACUGCGCCCCUGAAGGCCAGCCCAGCUGUGAGCCUCUAACACCCCCACUUGGGUCCCCCCGCCUCCCUGAAGGCCGGAACUUCACGGGCCGAAGGACAACAGACCCUUCCCCUUCUCUGAACAGCCCUGCAGGGGCUCCCCUGGGCCGAAGAGGCCGAAGGCAGUCUGAGCCCGCAAAGGAGCCUCACAUCAUGUUUCCACAGAUAGCUGGAUCCAGGCUCAAGCAUGCAGGCAGUGAGGGGGAGCUGUUCCCAACGUCAGAGUCCCUCUGCAACGCCCCAGCCCCGGAGCCGGCCCUGGUCCUGGCCUCAGGAACCUCUGAAGACUUGGAGGAACCAGCUCCCCCAAACCUGGACCCCCCAGGGCUCUCUAUUACUGAGGAGAUCAUGGAGCUGCUGACCCAGAGAGGUCUCCAGGAACCAGGGCUUUCACCCCUGGAAGUUUCCAAAGCCCCCAAAUUUCAGGAGGAGUCCGAGUCUCCAAACCUGACUGAGAAUGUUGGCCCAGAGACCCCAGAUCCAUUAAGCAGAGAGUCCUCUGAAGAGGAGGAGGGAAAACAGCUGGAAGGCCAAGGGGCAUCCCCACUCCAUGUCCUAGAGGGUCUGGACAAUACUGAAAUUUCCAGCAUUUCUGAAAUUCUGGGCACUGCAGCAAUUUCUGACAUCCCCAGGCUUCCAGACAUUCCCCAAAUUCCCAGUUGUGAGGACAGCCCCAGAAUUUCUGACCACUCCUCAGGACAAGGGGAACCCUGCUCCCAAGCAUCAGCUCAGGAUGAGAAUUCAGAUGCUACAACAUUUGGAACGACAAUCCCAUCAGAAAAGAUGGAUAAUGGAGCUGAGCCCAGACAGGAAAGUCAGUCAUCCUGGACGGAGGAAGAAGAAGAGGAGGAGGAAGACGAGGAGGAGGAGGACACAGAAGGCGAGCAGUCUCCCACUUCUCCCAUCAAGACUGGUAAUUCAGAGACCCCAGAGUUCCACUCCUGUUCGGAGAUCCGGAGGGCCUGGCGGGCCAUGGAGCAAGGUUCCAUAGAGGGAAGGAGCCCCCAGGGCAGCAUUCUGGAACCCUUGCUCAUCCUGGAAGAGUCAGAUUUCAGGGGAAACUGCAGAGUGGGUUCCCUGUCCCAGCUCCUUGUUGGUGGGGAUGGGACCAGGAAUGGGGAUGGCUCCAGUGGAGCUGCUGGUUCAGAGAGGGUGGCCACACGAGUCCGGGAGUUAGCACGUAUGUACAGUGACCGAAUCGAGAGACUCCAGAAGGCGGGGAACCAGGUGUCUGUUGCUGGCUGCCGGAGGAGAACCCGGGGCCUGGUACAUUCCCACCAACUCUUGGUUCCCCCAAAGGAGGAGGAGGAACUUCAACCAGGGCCCCUCUCUGCUUUUGGCCAUGUCCUGGUCCGAGAGGUGAGCUUUCCCAUGGCUUAUGCUCAUGCUUCUGUGGCUCUGGUCCCUGCAAUGCGAUCGCAUGCUUCCCUCCCAUUGGUCACCCAAAGGCCUGAGCCUGCCCCUGCUGGGAAGCAUUGCUCCACUGAGGCUGGUGGACUCCUAGACACUGAGGUCCCCAAAGAGGAAGCCUUGAACCUCCCUGUUCCAGAGGCUGUUCAGCCGGCCCCCGAAGCCCUGCCUCCAGCCCUGGCCCCAAGCCUACCUCCUCAGGGACGCCAGCUCUUAGGUUCGAGUGCAGCUGCCCUGUCCAGGUACCUGGCUGCUUCUUGUAUCAGCCAGAGUCUAGCAAGGAGAGGGGCAGGGGUCCCAGAAGGGGAGGCUCCCCUGGCCUGGAGGCCCUCCCCAGCCAGGGGUCCCUGGGCUUCGGCUCCUUCGUCUCGAGCCCCAUCACCACCACCACCCUCGGCUCGGCCCAGCUAUUCUACCACAGUCAGCAUCCGAGUUGGGGGUGGAGGGCGGCUGGGUCCAGCUAAGGCCCAGGUCCGCCUGAAUCAUGCCCCUCUGCUGGCUUCCCUGGACCUCCCAGGGCAGCGGCGGGUUCAGGGAGCCACCGAGGCCAGUCCUAGAAGGUGAGCUGAAUGAAGGUGUCCUCCAGACACAAGGUCGGGGAUGGAGGCAUGCCCAGGUCUCCAAAAAUAGACUUGAAGAUAUUUAAGGCCCUGAGAAGACAAGACUGAGGAUCUGGACAUUUGGGUCCCACUUUGGAGCUGGCUUUGUGCCUCAGUUCCCUUAUACACUCCCAUUGUCCAAUCCAGGUCUGUUAGGCCCACUAAGUGCUUUGAAAAUCCAUAGGGGGCUGCCUUUAAUGUUAUUAAUAAUUAAUGUUAUUUUAUGUUUGCACAUUCCUUGGGUGGGGGCAUUUUCAGUUGUACAGCUCCAUUUAAAUACUGUCAACCCUGCUGCCCUUCCCCCAAACCCUUUGCAGGAAGGGAAUUCUCUUUGAAGGGCAUGGGGCUUGGGGAUCUGGGUAAGGAAAUAUCCCAUAUUCCACGUAACCCUCAAGCCCCUUCUAUCCUAGCACUGACUCCAGUUCCUCACUUCCUCUCCUUGUUUUGAGAGACCAAGCCCCCCACCCCCACCCCCAAUAAAUGGAUGUAAGCUG